AUGUUGGAGGCGUCGCUGGGCAGGAACUUCUCUCACAGCGCCUUCGUGUUCAGAGGUUUCCCCGAGCUGCAGAAACACAGCCGGCUGCUGGCGCUGCCGUUCUCCACCUGCUACCUGACGAUGCUGGUGGGAAACUGCCUGCUGGUGUACGUUAUCCGCCAUGUGGAGAGGCUGCACAGCCCCAUGUACCUCCUCAUCUGCACGCUCUGCGUGGUCGACAUCCUCGUGGUGACCACCAUCCUCCCCAACACGCUCCUCGGCCUCCUCUUCGACUGGGACCAGAUCUCGUUGGCUGGCUGCUUGACUCAGAUGUUCUUCACUCACUUCCUGUCCUCUCUGGAGUCGACGCUGCUGCUGGCGAUGGCGCUGGACCGCUACGUGGCCAUCUGCCAGCCACUGCGCUACGCCAAACUCAUGGACUUGUCCGUGUUCGUGAAGCUGCUGCUCUUCACUCUGGUCCGCAGCGGCUCCAUCAUGGCGACGCUGGUGGCGUUGGCGGGCUCGCUGUGGUUCUGCGACUCCAACACCAUCCGGCACUGCUACUGCGACCACAUGGCGCUGGUCAGCCUGGCAUGUGGCAGCACGGAGAAGAACAGCGUGGCGGGCCUCGCUGUGAUCGUCUGCUUUGUGGGCAUGGACAUACCGCUCAUCUUCUUCUCCUACAUGAAGAUCCUGAGCGUUGUCUUGAGAGCGGCGGCCGCCGGUGAGGAACGCAGGAAGGCGUUUCACACCUGCGGCACUCACCUGAUCGUCAUAAUGUGUUUCUACCUGGUGGGGAGCGUCACGUUCCUCUCUCACAACCUGAGCAUCCCCAUACCGACGGACGUCAACACCUUCAUGGGACUCAUGUACAUUGUGUUCCCGGCGACGGUCAACCCCAUCAUCUAUGGAGUUCGGACGAAAGAAAUCCGAAACGGCUUUUUUAGGCUUUUUAAAGUCAGGGAGAAGAAAAUAAUGAUGGUGAAAGUUUCUCCUGCUGGAAAACUGUGA